GGACGGGUACCUUUUGGGUAGACAGUGGAACUAGCUUCCUCUUACUGUCCCAACUCUCUUCUCCUUCAUGGCCCUUGUGCAGGUGUCUGUUAGGCAAGCAGAGGGUGGGAGUUCCCAUCCCUCCUGAGAGAAGGUCCUAGUAGCCCUGCCCCAAGCUUCCUAAUUCAGGACUUGUUUCCUACGGAAGAGAAACAAAGCAAGGUACAGGCCUGGUCCCCAGCCCUGGCUUUCUGCCUCUCCACGUGCUCAUGGCCUCUCCCAGGCUAACACUAAGCAGUGUCAUGAGUCUGAGCCAGGUGGGAGAUUAAUUCCUGGGGGCACUUCAGGGCUGAGAAGGGGGAGGAAUGACAGGUCCAGUAACCAUUAGCAACAGAGCAGUGCAGCUGCCAUCCUUGACAGCUCCCUCCUCCUCAGAGACCAUGACAUAGAUGGUCAGGAACCCAGGCUGAGAAAGACAGCCAAGGGGUGGGGGAAGCCUAGGCAAAUCUGGCCUCUGCCAAGUCCCGGCUUCAGCCAGGCAAACUCCAGCCUCCCUGGCUCCUCCUCGUCCUCAGUCCUUUCCCCACCGCCACACAUACGCUUAAUACGCUUGGCAUCCAAGUCCACCCACUCCGGACUUUGGCCUUAGCAGUAGUUAGUGUGGGAGGCUGGGAAAACUGGGAGCAGUCUCUUAAACAAAAGCAAAAGAAUCAGCUUCGGGCGCUGUAGUACCUGCCAGCUUUCUCCACAGGAGGUAAGUGGAUACUGGGAGCUGGGGGAACUAUGAGAAGACUAGCCAGAUAUUACAUGUAUUGCCAACUCGAAACUCAGCUUUUAACAUGCUUCCUCACACAUUAUCCCCUUAGAUCCCCUCAGAUCCUCCACAACUCUGAGGUGGACGUGGUGGGGUCUUAGCCCCACUUGGUAGAUGAGAAAAUAGGUUCAGAGAGAGAGUGAGAUGCUCAGCAUCACACAGCAAACCUGAGGCCACCAGGACUAAAUGCAGGGUUCUUGGCCCUAUACAUCAUUCCAAACACAAGACCCAGGUUGCAUAUAGAAGGUUCAGUGUCCCUGGUUUAGAAGGAGAGAAGGUGUGAGGCAAGCAAGAAGAUGCCUCUGCUGCACUCCAGCCUGGGCGACAGAGUGAGACUCCAUCUCAAAAAAAAAAAAAAAGAAGAAGAUGCCUCUGCUCCAUACAGCAGAUCUGUACACAGGAUCUGGCUCAUGUGGUUUUAGUUAAGUUAGCCACAAAUACAGGGUCUGCCCACAUCUUUGCUUUGCACAGAUGAGCCAUGGUUGGCCAAUUAUCUGCCAACCAGAUAAUUUCUCAAUAUGCUCACACCAGAUGCUUCCAGCUAGGGAAGGUAUUAGGGGAAAGGGCUUGAGGGCCGCAGUAAACUGGACAAGUUUUUCUGCCCAGCCUAGGCUGCCACCUGUAGGUCACUUGGGCUCCAGCUAUGUGGCUGCCUCUGCUGCUGGGUGCCUUACUCUGGGCAGUGCUGUGGUUGCUCAGGGACCGGCAGAGCCUGCCCGCCAGCGAUGCCUUUGUCUUCAUCACCGGCUGUGACUCAGGCUUUGGGCGCCUUCUGGCACUGCAGCUGGACCAGAGAGGCUUCCGAGUCCUGGCCAGCUGCCUGACCCCCUCCGGGGCCGAGGACCUGCAGCGGGUGGCCUCCUCCCGCCUCCACACCACCCUGCUGGAUAUCACUGAUCCCCAGAGCGUCCAGCAGGCAGCCAAAUGGGUGGAGAUGCACGUUAAGGAAGCAGGGCUUUUUGGUCUGGUGAAUAAUGCUGGUGUGGCUGGUAUCAUCGGACCCACACCAUGGCUGACCCGGGAUGAUUUCCAGCGGGUGCUGAAUGUGAACACAAUGGGUCCCAUCGGGGUCACCCUUGCCUUGCUGCCUCUGCUGCAGCAAGCCCGGGGCCGGGUGAUCAACAUCACCAGCGUCCUGGGUCGCCUGGCAGCCAACGGUGGGGGCUACUGUGUCUCCAAAUUUGGCCUGGAGGCCUUCUCUGACAGCCUGAGGCGCGAUGUAGCUCAUUUUGGGAUACGAGUCUCCAUCGUGGAGCCUGGCUUCUUCCGAACCCCUGUGACCAACCUGGAGAGUCUGGAGAAAACCCUGCAGGCCUGCUGGGCACGGCUACCUCCUGCCACACAGGCCCACUAUGGGGGGGCCUUCCUUACCAAGUACCUGAAAAUGCAACAGCGCAUCAUGAACCUGAUCUGUGACCCGGACCUAACCAAGGUGAGCCGAUGCCUGGAGCAUGCCCUGACUGCUCGACACCCCCGAACCCGCUACAGCCCAGGCUGGGAUGCCAAGCUGCUCUGGCUGCCUGCCUCCUACCUGCCAGCCAGCCUGGUGGAUGCUGUGCUCACCUGGGUCCUUCCCAAGCCUGCCCAAGCAGUCUACUGAAUCCAGCCUUCCAGCAACAGAUUGUUUUUCAAGGACAAGGACUUUGAUUUAUUUCUGCCCCCACCCUGGUACUGCCUGGUGCCUGCCACAAAAUAAGCACUAACAAGAGUGUAUUGUUUAAAAAAUAAAAAGAAGGUGGGCAGAAAUGCGCCCAGUGGAA